UUUAUUUUUUCUUUUUCUAUGCGCUACUUACAUUGCUUGCUCCUUGAAAAUAUUUGUUUUUUCUUUUUAGUAUCAAGCGCAUUGGAUUUGUUUAUAUCUUGUUUUAAGUUCAUGUUUGCUGUGAUUAUUAUCUUCCCCCUGUCCUUAUAUUGGCCUUUGUAUAUAUCUGCAAGGAGUCCAUCAAACUAUAUUGAUUUUCGAAAGUUGCCUUACUAUGUGUCGAUUGAUUGUGAUAUAUGCGAUUUAAAUUGGUGGACUGUUGGGGCCAUAUAGCUGUCCAAAUAUGAGUGCCUAUAUUGUUGGUGUCCUUGUUCCCCUCGUUGUUACUCUUCUACUUAGGAAUGCAAAGAAUUCAAAGAAAAGGGGGUUGCUCGCUGAUGUUGGUGGGGAACCUGGGUAUGCUAUCCGGAACCAUCGGUUCACUUCCCCAGUGCAAACAGCAUGGGAAGGUAUCUCAACUCUUGCAGAACUUUUUGAGCAUUCAUGCGAGCAGUACCGCGAUAAUUACUUACUUGGAACUAGGGAGUUGAUUUCAAGGGAGGUUGAAGUCACUGAAGAUGGAAGGUCCUUUGAGAAGCUUCAUUUGGGAGAUUACGAGUGGCUAACCUAUGGUAGAGCAUUUGAAGCUGUGUGCAACUUUGCGUCUGGUUUAGCUCAACUUGGGCACAGGAAGGAAGAACGUGCAGCAAUCUUUGCUGACACAAGAGAAGAAUGGUUCAUUGCAUUGCAGGGUUGCUUUAGGCGCAAUGUCACUGUUGUGACUAUCUAUGCAUCUUUGGGGGAGGAGGCUUUAUGUCAUUCAUUAAAUGAGACAGAGGUUACUACUGUGAUAUGUGGAUGCAAAGAACUAAAGAAACUCAUAGAGAUAAGUGAACAACUUGACACGGUUAAACGUGUGAUAUGUAUGGAUGAUGAGAUCCCCUCUAAUGCCUCAUACGUUGAGCAGGGCAAAAGCUGGACAAUUACCUCAUUUGUAGAUGUGGAAAGUCUUGGCAGAGAAAAUCCUGUUGACGCCGACUUACCACUUCCAGCUGAUAUUGCAGUUAUAAUGUACACAAGUGGGAGUACUGGAUUGCCUAAGGGUGUAAUGAUGACACAUGCCAAUGUCCUAGCUACAGUUUCUGCCGUCAUGACAAUUGUUCCUGGCCUUGGAAGCAAGGAUAUUUACAUGGCAUACCUACCCAUGGCUCAUAUCCUUGAAUUAGCUGCUGAGAAUGUGAUUGCUGCUGUUGGAAGUGCUAUAGGAUAUGGAUCACCUUUGACGCUUACGGAUACAUCAAGCAAGAUAAAAAAAGGAACAAAGGGGGAUGCCACUGUGCUGUUGCCAACUUUAAUGACAGCUGUCCCAGCAAUUCUUGACCGCGUUCGUGAUGGGGUACUCAAGAAGGUAAAUGCAAAGGGUGGAUUAGCAAAGAAGUUGUUUGACUUGGCAUAUGCUCGUAGGUUGUCUGCGGUAAAUGGUAGUUGGUUUGGGGCUUUUGGCCUGGAAAAGGCCGUUUGGGAUUUUAUUGUGUUUAGAAAGGUCAGAGCAAUUCUGGGAGGUCGCAUCCGCUUUGUGCUGUCUGGAGGUGCUCCUCUCUCCGGUGAUACUCAGAGAUUCAUCAACAUUUGUCUUGGUGCUCCAAUAGGUCAAGGUUAUGGUCUUACUGAGACUUCUGCUGGUGCGACAUUUUCUGAGGUCGAUGAUACAUCUGUUGGUCGUGUUGGAGCUCCACUUCCUUGCUCAUUCAUUAAGUUAAUUGAUUGGCCUGAAGGUGGAUAUCUAACCAGUGAUUCACCAAUGCCUCGUGGGGAGAUAGUGGUUGGUGGUCCAAAUGUUACAGUUGGAUAUUUCAAAAAUGAAGAAAAAACAAAAGAAUUAUACAAGGUCGAUGAGAGAGGAAUGAAAUGGUACUAUACUGGUGACAUAGGGCAGUUUCAUGCUGAUGGUUGCCUUGAGAUAAUUGAUCGCAAAAAAGACAUAGUCAAACUUCAGCAUGGGGAGUAUGUCUCCCUAGGCAAGGUUGAAGCCGCUCUUCUUGUUAGCCCCUAUGUCGACAAUAUCAUGUUGCAUGCUGAUCCCUUUCAUAGUUACUGUGUGGCUCUGGUGGUAGCUUCUCAGCAUACGGUGGAAGAUUGGGCUUCGAAGCAAGGAAUUCCUUUUACUGACUUUGCAGACUUGUGUGAGAAAGCCGAAACGAAGAAGGAACUUCUUGCAUCAAUCCAAAAGGAAGCAAAGCGGGCACGGUUGCAGAAGUUUGAGAUUCCCAUAAAAAUCAAAGUGCUUUCUGAGCCGUGGACUCCUGAAUCUGGCCUAGUCACGGCAGCUUUCAAGAUCAAGAGAGAGAUUAUUAGAAAGGCUUUCUCUGAAGAACUCUCUAAAUUAUAUGCCUCGUGAUUCUUGGGAAAAACUUGGGCUGGUUUACUUUUUCCUUCUUUUAAUUGCCGCCGGGGAUGAAGAGGAGACGAGGUUGUUUCUGCCUUUAUAUUUUUAUAACAUGCUGGGAAUCAUUGUUAGGAAAAAUUGACAUGUAUUGAUUUUGGGUACUUAGAAUCAAUACAAUUGUCUCCAAUUUUUGUCAGUGUAUUUUCAUGUUUAUUGUUGCUGUUUCAAAAGGUAGUCCCUAGCAAAAUCUGAAGAUCGUGGAUGUGUUACCACAGAUGAAUUGAACAGAAUCACAUACAGCAGGUUACUUUGUAUCCAGUCAAGCUUUCAAAUAUAUCUUAAAUUUUGUGCUUGGAAAAAAAGGAAGGAACAAUGUAGACAAUACAAAUGUGAGCAGCAGGUUACUGUGAAAGUAGGGGAAAGAGGCAAAGAGCUACCAUCCAAAAACAAGGAAAUUCUCCAUUGCAAUGGGGUUGUCUUGCAUGUUCUGACAAGGCAAGCUUUGUAUUCAUGUAGUUGGUGCAAGUGUUUUCCUUCUUUCUUUUCCGUUUCAAAUCGAUGAGCCUACCACCAGCAGCCUUGGCAAAAUCCUUGCAAGAGCAAUCUACUCUUCCUCCUUAGAUGUGUUGCACGUUUUUAAUGACUUCAUAAAUCAAUCACAUUCCAUUGAUGUGAUUGAAGAUAGUAAAAGAAUAAUAUUAUUUUUCUUUCCAUA